CUGUGCCCCGUGAGAUUCCCCUUGGACGGAUGAAAGUGCGUCAAAUUCUAGGCUGGACACGCCCCACAGACAUGGCUAUGAGCAGCUACCACAGUAAGAGACCCGGAAUAUCCAGCAGCUCCAGUAACAACCGGGAACACGAACAUGACGUCUCUUACGAAGCUAUGAACAAUUUGUCGACCAACAAGCUACAUGCACCUAAAUCUGGUGCGUCUCGGAUUAAGAGCAGCCCAGAGAGCCCAGAGGAGCCUGAGGACAAAGUAUCUGUUACAAAAACGAUCUCACCGCAAAGUAGUCACGGUCACACAGGAAAGGAGAAAUCUCGCGCUGUUCCAUGCAGCAACGUAGACAACAGUAACAGCAGCAUAGCGUCAUCUUCAUUGGGUGCUUUAACGACAAACACAGCAGCAGCUACCUCUUCACCGACGGCUCCACCACCUCCGAAAGUGACAUUCCGUAAGGGCGAGAAGAGUUUUCUCGACUUCCACCAGCACUACGCCAUCACGAGACACUUGGGAGAAGGCUCGUACUCGACGGUGAAGCAGGUGACGCACCGCAAGAAAGGAGGCUUUUAUGCCUGCAAGAUCGUGGACAAGUUGAGUCUCUCGGAUGUGGAUCGUGCAGCUCUUUCGCAUGAAGUACGAGUGCUGUCGAGUGUCAGCCACGUGAACAUCAUGCGUCUGUAUGAAGUUAUUGAAGACGACGCCAAGUGCUAUUUAGUCACGGAGCUGGCUGAAGGAGGCGAUCUCUUCGACCGUAUCGUUAAGCAAGGUAAAUUCCCAGAGCGAGAGGCACAGAAGGUAGCAGCAGCGUUAGUGGAAGCGCUCCACUACUGCCACAAACACAGCAUCAUCCAUCGCGAUGUCAAACCGGAGAACGUGCUGCUAUCUGGAGACGAUGUCAAGCUGUGCGACUUCGGCUUUGCUCGGCAACUCGAUCAUCAAGAAGACCAGGCCUCAGACUCAUGUGGAACACCUGGUUACGCCGCUCCCGAGAUCCUAGACGGACGUUCGUAUGGUCUGGAAGUCGACGUGUUCUCGCUGGGUGUCGUGACGUACAUUAUGCUGUGCGGAUACCCUCCCUUCCCAAUGAAACUUGCCCAGCUGCGUACACAUCGCUUCAAUGUGCGGUUUCCAUCCAAGGACUGGGCUGCUAUUCAUCCUGAUGUCAAGACCUUAAUUUCUAAAAUGUUACAUGUCAACCCGAAGGAGAGACCGUCGAUGGCAGUUCUUCGAACGCACCCGUGGAUCCAGUUGGGUAGAGUCACGCUGGAGCGUCUGCGUAAGGAAAACGAGGAACGUCGACGUCUUGCUGAUCUAACGCGACGUCAACACGCAGCUUCAGCGAUCCGAAAGAAGCUCGUCAUGGGCGGCUUCGAGGCUGUUAAAUACGGUCGCAAUGGUCUGCCACAUCGCACUAAGCUACGUCUGUCAACUGACGGUAAAGUCAUGAGCUGGCAACCAAAGCUACUGAAGCGAAGCCUGCUGCGGUAUCAGAAUGCACGCAGCUUUACAAGUAUCUUCGGUAUUGGCGGCAAGGAAAACAGUCAGCCAGACCUGCAUGCUCCACAGUCAGAGCCGAAGCGAAUCCCGACUGGCGGUACGCCUAACAACGCGCACGAUGAGUCUGAGCACACUGCUAACGCUGCUUGCGUGUCGUCCCCUCAUCCCACUGACAGCUCGACCAGCAGCACUUCCGACGCUAUUAACGAGAAGCGUCUGUGGUGGCGUUCGCUACGUCGGGAGCGUGGUGCGAAGACUGAACGCACGGCCAGUGGUGGAUUCACACUCAACCUUUCCGCUCGACAGACCGGCAGCACCCCGACAUCGCCAAUAACGCCCCCAGCAGCAAAGGUGCUUCGGAUGCGAACACCUAGCUCCAUCUCGGAGCAGCCUGAGACCCCUUCCGCGCUGUCUCCGGAGCGUCUGGACGACUCAAUCAAACUACACGACAUCCGCCAACUGCUUGCCGGUGAUGACGCGCCGUUCUUCGCUGGCCACGCUAUGAACUUGCCUAAUUCCUCCAAACGCGCGGUGGAUCCUGCUUGUGUGCUGUCCGUAUGCACUCGAUUCCGCGAACUUCAUCUCGAAUUCCCGAACGAAGGUAUACGUGAUGGAUUCAUCUAUUUACUCCAGCAAGCCACGUUGCCAUUGCAGCAGCGUGGCCCAGUUCAGUCUACACGAGUGGUGAAGGCGUCGUCAAUGCCACCACCCGCACCAACCAACGUGUCCGACAGAAAACAAGAUACUUUUGUGGUCACGACGCCACCCGAUGAAGAGGCUAAGAUCCAACCUGAUGAUCGUGAACAUAGCAGUGAACCAGAAGUCGACGAAGAGGAUGUGGAGGCCGUUGCGAAGACAGCGAGGGCAGUGAACUCCAACCAGGACGAGUGA